GGAUUGCUCGAAAGCCUAAAUCGGCAACAGGAAACUCGUAUUCAGAGAUGGAGGAAAUCAAGUCUCAUGUUGCUCCUAAGAAAACGCGUAUAGUAAGUAGUCUCAUUGGCCCUCGUCGAUGGGAUGGACAAACGCGGAAGUGUAUGCGUUACUGGGAAGCUAGCAUUUCGUUUUGUCAUGGAAGUUCGUGUUCUAAUUUGUUUUUCGUUGGGGAAAAAAAACACCCACGCCAAUAAAAAAAAGUCUCCCUUUCUCUUUUCGGGAUUGGGAGCAGAUCUUCCAAAGAUGGUAAAUUCCGCGAUGUUCAAUAAUUUUAAUAGGGAGAGCCCCCGCCGUGUAUUGGAUUUUGAGCAAGCAGCAACAAGCUCUAGAUCAGCUGAAAGUGCCGCGUGGGAUCUCCCAAGGGAGCGCCGUAUCUUUCAGUUUGAUGAGGCGAGUUUGAAUUCCACCGAGAGUUCUAUCCCUAGUUCUAUCCCUACCACCACAACAAGUUCUGUUAGAACUAUGACAGAAAGAUCCAAUGGUAGUGUAGUUAAUGAAACUUCUGCGGAGUCAACUAGAGGAAUUUAUGAAGACCAUCCAGGUCUUAACCCGACCGAUGAAAGAGUAGUUGAAUAUCAAGCGGCUAUACACGAAAAAAUGGGGAAAUUGAUGAUUGGCAGGAAUCCCGCAGAAGUUCUGGCUGCGGCCGAACGUGUGCAUGGGGAAAGCAAUGAUCCAGAAUUUCUUCAAGAGCAGUACCAGGAUUUAGUUCAAAAUGGGACUGCAAGUGAAGCCUUCCAGUACGGAGUGCUUGAGCCCCCGGAGGACUAUACUUUACCGGAAGUACGCGACCAUAUAAUGGGUGGCUCACCCAUCGAAGAUUUGCAGAUAGAUUUCUUUAUAAACGGCUAUGAAAGUGCAUUUUUGUCGGAAUUUUUACCUAUUUGUAUCUAUUUAGUGAUCAGUCCGCUAGUUUCUUUGAUUCCACUCGGUGUUCCUUUUCCAUUUGCUUCCAAUAGUUCGACCUAUCCAGAAAAAUUGUCGGCCUACGAAUGUGGUUCCGAUCCCUCCGGUGAUGCCAGAAGUCGUUUCGAUAUACGAUUUUACCCGGUUCCUAUUUUAUUUAUUAUCCCUGAUCUGGAAGUCACCUUUUCUUUUCCUUGGGCAGUACCUCCUAACAAGAUUGAUCUGUUUGGAUCUUGGUCCAUGAUGGCCUUUUUAUUGAUUUUGACGAUUGGGUUUCUCUAUGAAUGGAAAAGGGGUGCUUCGGAUCGGGAGUAACCACUAGUGAAAGGGCAAAGGGGGGAAGGACAUAGGAAAGAGGGAUGCCUACAAAAAAUCAAUUGAUUCGUCAUGGUAGAGAAGAAAAACAGCGCACGGACCGUACUCGAGCUUCGGAUCAAUGUCCCCAGAAGCAAGGAGUAUGCCUGCGUGUUUCGACGAGAACACCGAAAAAACCUAAUUCAGCUCUACGCAAGAUAGCAAAAGUACGGUUGAGCAAUCGACAUGAUAUAUUUGCUCACAUUCCAGGCGAGGGUCAUAAUUCGCAGGAACACUCUAUAGUCUUAGUCAGAGGAGGUAGAGUGAAAGAUUCGCCAGGUGUGAAAUCCCAUCGUAUUCGAGGAGUCAAGGAUUUACUGGGAAUUCCGGAUCGUAGAAAGGGAAGAUCUAAAUAUGGUGCAGAAAGACCAAAAUCGAAAUGAAUGGAAGAUGCCUCUGGAACUUUUUGGUUAUUUUGAAGACGGAGGAGAAAGCUGAAGCGGAAAUGCAAUUCUCGUAGUGGCUAUAAGGUAGCAUAAUCUAAUGUAAUAUCUAAAGCCUUUCUUUUCUAUUUCUUCUAUUGGCUGGUCUGGGGUGGAUGAAGCGAGGUAGGUAUGUGGGAGGCUAUAUC